CAUAUCCCUCCCGCGCGUUUAUUCGAUCUCCUUUGGUGAUCCAUUGAGCAGUCGCAACCUCACGGGCACGCUCACAAGAUUCGCUUCUUUCUUGACCACGUCAUGAGCUGUCACUGAGCUCCCCUCCCACUUCUCUGAUCCUUUCGACAACGAUCAAUCCCACGUUUCCACGUGAACGAGCAGCGCAAUCAUGCCCGCUUCCACCCUCAUGGCCGCACGACUGGCUCGUGCUGGUCGUACCAGAGCUAUUGCCAGCUCUCGAUCUAUAAUAUCUCCCAUUACCCCUCGUUCGCUCUAUUCGGCUCAAUCGCGAACCUUUGUGAAGCUCUCAGGGGCCUCACCGUCGAUAACCAAGAAAUCCCAGGUUACAAGCCGAACUACUCGCCAACUCCCCUCUCAAUACUUUGUGCGCGCGCUGUCAGGAAAGCCACUGCCUCAGGGAACCUCGUGGGUUCUCAACUUUUGCUUCCGUGCCGCAGCCUGGGUGGGCAUCUCGAUCACAGUUGUCGGCGCCGCCGUAGUCUGCUUUUUUAUCUACGACGCUUCUACGUACUUUGAGCACCCCACACAGAGCGAUAUCGAUGUGUCCAAGAUCGCCCUCCAGCCUCGAUGUGGAGGUGAAAAGAACUUGCCCAUUGCUGAGGUCUUUAUCGACGAAGAUGACACAGAAGAGAAGCGGCGCCUGAAGAAUAAGCCACGGCUUGUGAUUCUUGGUGGCGGCUGGGGCGGUGUUGCUCUCCUCAAGGAACUGAACCCGGACGAUUACCAUGUCACCGUUAUCUCGCCGACAAACUAUUUCCUCUUCACUCCAAUGCUUCCCUCGGCCACAGUUGGUACCCUUGAAUUGCGAUCACUUGUCGAGCCUAUUCGACGCAUUCUGAGCCGCGUUCAUGGCCACUUUAUUCGUGCCAAAGCUGCGGACGUUGACUUCUCGCACAAGCUUGUCGAGGUGUCGCAGAUAGAUUCAUUCGGCAACGAUGUCAGCUUCUACGUUCCCUACGACAAACUUGUCAUCGCUGUUGGCUCAGUCACCAAUCCCCAUGGCGUCAAGGGCCUGGAGAACGCCUUCUUUCUCAAAGACAUUAACGAUGCUCGCAAGAUCCGAAACCAAAUCAUUCAAAACUUCGAGCUGGCUUCACUUCCUACCUGCCCUGAUGAGGAACGCAAACGGCUCCUGUCUUUUGUUGUGAGUGGUGGUGGACCUACUGGUGUCGAGUUUGCCGCCGAGCUGUUUGAUCUUCUAAACGAGGAUCUGUCACAACACUUCCCUCGACUCUUGCGCAACGAGAUCUCGGUUCAUCUAAUUCAGAGCCGAGGCCAUAUUCUCAACACAUACGACGAGACUGUGUCAAAGUAUGCCGAGGAGCGCUUUGCCCGGGACCAGGUUGAGGUUCUCACAAACUCGCGGGUCAAGGAGGUUCAACCUGAUAAGAUUAUCUUUACGCAAAAGCAGGAAGACGGCAGCUUGAUUACGAAGGAGCUCCCUAUAGGAUUCUGUCUAUGGUCUACUGGAGUGUCACAGACCCAAUUCUGCCAAAAGUUGGCCAAGAAGCUUAGCAACGCUCAAACCAACCAACGUGCCCUAGAGACGGACACUCAUCUUCGCCUGAACGGCUCACCUCUGGGUGAUGUGUACGCAAUUGGCGACUGUUCUACCGUUCAGAACAACGUUGCCGAUCACAUCAUCACCUUCCUUCGAUCUCUUGCUUGGAAGCACGGCAAAGAUCCUGAGACGUUGCAACUUGGCUUUAGUGACUGGCGCGAGGUUGCUAGCGAUGUCAAGAGGCGAUUCCCUCAGGCCAUCAACCAUCUCAAGCGCCUCGAUAAACUUUUCACCGAGUUCGACAAGGACAAGUCGGGCACACUGGACUUUGAGGAACUUACUGAGCUGCUCCGCCAAAUUGAUAGCAAACUCACCUCUCUACCAGCUACAGCCCAACGCGCUCAUCAGCAAGGACAGUAUCUGGCCCGCAAGUUCAACCGCAUGACUCGUAUGAACGACGCUCUGCGCGCCAAUGAGAUUCGAGAGGGCGAUGUCGAUGCUGCUGUCUUCAAGGCAUUCGAAUACCACCAUCUUGGCAGCCUUGCCUAUAUCGGUAACUCUGCCAUCUUUGAUCUUGGUGAUGGCCGGAACCUGGCCGGUGGACUUUGGGCUGUGUAUGCCUGGCGCUCUGUCUACUUUGCUCAGAGCGUCAGUCUCCGAACGCGUCUUCUUAUGGCCAUGGACUGGACGAAGCGAGGUCUGUUUGGACGAGAUUUGAUGAGUUUCUAAUGUGGGUUUCAUGGCAUGAUUGGAUUCUAGAAUUAUUGGCGUUCAAGCAGGGGACUCGGGGCCCGGAGAAUGAAUGAUGAGAUCGGUUAAAAAGACAUGAUAAUACUAUGUAAAUCCAGGUUUAGAAUACCAAGAUUUUCAUUAAACAGGGUGCCAAGAGGUGGGCUCACACCAAGAAGACCACCGGCGUUUCUAUGGCAUAAAGAAAAAGUUGCAGGAUUCUUUUGUCGCUAAAUAUCAACCAGUGGUAUGCAGCCUCUAUAUCAUAAAGUCCUUGUACGUCCACUUCUCGGUGUACUUGCGCUUGGCCUGCUUCUUGAACGGAAUAUGUCUCCUGCUCUCGACCUUGCCGCGCACCAGCAUGCUUCUGUAUCGGUCUCGGAGAAGGUUGCCCUCGGGCUUGAGCAGACGCAGAGACUCCUGUAGCUCAUCGGGGAGAACCAGCUCAAGGUCUCGCUCAGGGAGCUUGUACUUGCCGAGCUGCUUGCGGCGCAGCUUUUCGUCGCGGAGCUCGCUGACCGAGUCGUCCGAGUCGUUGGCGGCUUCGGCAAGGGCCUUGUUGCGGUCAUUCUCGUCAAUCUCCUCGGCGAUCUCUUUAAUGCGAUGCUCUUGGCGGCGCUGGGCUUUGAUAGCGGCCUUGUGCUUCGCUAGACGCUCCUCCUCCUUCCGACGCUUGAUACGGUUGCGCUGUGCUUGUGUCUUCCUCUG